GUUGCACAGCCUGUGCCAUUCAAAGCGAUCAAUUGCACGCAAGCUGCAGCUCAGACAAUUGGCCGGUCAAUUACUCAUCAAUUUCAAUUUAAUUGCGAUUUCCAGACGUGUACUUCACAACAACAGAAAAUGGCUCCUCCACAGAGAAUGCGCGUCGCCAACGAGAAGGCCAGCAAAUAUGUGACAAUGCGUGGCAAUGUCCCCAAGUCCUCGAAAACGAAAGAGGGCCAAUACCCCGUGGGCCCCUGGCUGCUGGCGCUCUUCAUCUUCGUGGUCUGCGGCUCGGCCAUUUUCCAGAUCAUUCAGUCCAUACGCGCCGCGUAAGGAACCCCUAGUUACACACAUUAAAGCAGCCGCAUCUGGAGGAAGAUAAUAGAGCCUUCCGGAACCUCCACUUGCUACUCCUAGAAAGCCUUUCCAGAACACCCUCCCCAGCUCUAGCUGGCUCCGCCCGCCCGGAAUCAUGUGCAACCAGAGGAUGACCCGAAGUAACCUGGCUGUUCGCAGUUUAUUUUCGUGUCCGCAAUAUCUACCCUUAUAGAACACAUACAAAAUUUCAGUCCACUUAACGCCUUUCGCUAAGCUCUGCAAUGCGCAUUCCUGCAAUUCUCUCCUACACACUCACCACAACACUGAUCGUUUAUAGGCGCCAAAUGCAUUUUUAAGAUGCUUCUCGAUGCAGUUUUGAAUAGUGCAAAGUGUUAAAGCGUUGUUUUCUAAUGCAAAGACGAGUAGAGGAGAACUAUGAGUACAUAACAAUGAUGAAUAUAUGAUAAUUUUUUACCUAAACAA